AUGGUCUCGGGUGGCGAACUUGCAAUAUUGCCAGAGGAGCUGAUCGUUGUGACAGGUGCCAACGGAUUCAUUGGGAGCCAUGUAGUCGACCAGCUCCUGCUGGCUGGCUACAAUGUACGAGGCACCGUUCGUGAUUCUCAGAAGACAUCUUGGCUCCAAGUUCGGUCAAGGCGGUUCUCACUCGCCGAAGUUCCCGAGAUGUUCACUCCUGGUGCAUUCGACGACUCCUUCAAAGGAGCAUCGGGAAUGGUACAUAUUGCGACCCCCGUGAUGAGGCAUUACGAUCCCUUCGUUGCAAUCAUUUCGGUCGUCAACGGUGCACUCGAGGCACUCAGACCCGCAGCCAAGGAACCAAAGCUUACGAGGGUUGUAAUGACUUCGUCAUCCACGGCAGCAGCAAGUCCACAGCCCAACAAGGAGUUCGUCAUUGAUGAAAAUACAUGGAACCAAUCUGCUGUCAAGGCUGCUUGGGCACCCCCUCCAUAUGAAGGCUCACAGCGCCGCGUUGAUGUGUACGCGGGGUCCAAGACACAAUCCGAAGAGGCCGCCUGGAAGUUUAUGAAAGAGGAAAAGCCUCACUUCGUUCUCAACACGGUCCUUCCAAAUGCCAAUAUGAGCAAGAUUCUCUCCGUGGAGCACCAAGGCUAUUCCAGCACGAACGGAUGGCUCAAAUCUCACUGGGACGGAUUCCCUGGAGAAGAGGGCAAGGAAAUCUCACUUACCCCUCCGCAGUACUACAUUAAUGUCCAGGAUAAUGCACGCGUGCAUGUUGCGGCACUGGUCUAUACCGAUGUCAAGAAUGAACGCCUUUUCACCUUUGCGCAUCCGUAUUCUUGGAAUGACAUCCUGGCUGUGUUUAGGAAACUCUACCCUCAGAAGAAGUUUGUCGAUGAUAUACCUAAUAUUGCGGAGGAUAAAUCAAAGGUGGCAAACAAGAGAGCAGAGGAUUUGCUGAAAGGAUUUGCGGGUUUGCCUGGCUGGACAAGUUUGGAACACUCUGUCAAAGACGCGACUGAAAGAUGGCAAUGA